CGGCACGCGUGAACUGUCAACUGUGUUGUCCUGUCAACGUCACUGUCAUUGAGCUACUGUCAAGGUGUCAAGCCACCAAGUGUAAUGAAGAUUUUGGAAUCUUUGUUUUUUGAUAAACCAUUAAAUAAGUCAUACCAAAAGUAUUCAAUAUUAUUUUGCAGUACAUCCAGCGUGAAUCCUACAGUAUUUUAGACGUGUGACACUUAUUGAACUAUUUUAACUCCGCCCUUAUUGAAGGACAUUUCUAUUUCGAAAGUUGUGCUGUCAUUUUGUUUGUUGAAUAGUUUUACAAAAAAGUAUGUCAAAAUUAAAAUCCGAAUAAAAAUUAGUGUACGGUUGAUUGGGCAUUUCUAUUUCAGUGAAAUCGUGAGAAUGUUUUAUGCGGAACUCUGCUUACAUUGCAAAUUCUCCACUCAACAAUACUGCAGAUAAGGAGUCUUAUCAGACUCGCUUUGCCAGCAAAACAUUCUAGAGCGUUAAACAAUAUGUUAAUAAGUCGGAGGUCCAAUUCAUGACGAAGAAUUAAAUUUUAGUAAAAAAUGUUAUUCUCUGAAAGUGUACUUUUCAUUUGUAUCUUUGUUAGUACUCUGCUUGUAUCAUUCCAAAUCUGUGUGUGUGAAGAUGUGAAGCAUAUGACUAAGGAGGAGCGAGUGCUCCUCAGAGAGGAGGCGAGAGAUAUGUUUUAUCACGCGUACAAUGCAUAUAUGGAGAAUGCCUAUCCUGCAGAUGAACUAAUGCCUCUUAGCUGUGCUGGAAGAUACAGAGGAGUAUCACCAAACCGAGGUGAUAUUGAUGACUCAAUGGGAAACUUUUCGCUAACAUUGAUUGACACACUGGACACAUUGGUGGUACUUGGUGAUCUGGCAGAGUUCGCACAUGCAGUAAAACUUGUUAUUAAGGAUGUCUGUUUUGACAAUGACAUUGUGGUUUCAGUUUUUGAGACAAACAUCAGGGUUUUGGGUGGUCUAUUGUCGGCACAUAUUCUGACUGAUUAUCUUCAACAAAGAGAUGGAAUUAUGCCUUGGUACAAAGGUGAACUGCUCAGUAUGGCAAAAGAUGUGGGAUACCGUUUAUUGCCUGCUUUCAACACUACAACCGGCAUACCAUAUGCAAGAGUGAAUUUGAAGCAUGGCAUAAAAUCGGAUCGUUUGGAGUAUGCGCGCGAGACUUGUACAGCAUGUGCCGGAUCAAUGAUUUUAGAGAUGGCAGCUCUGUCUCGACUGACAGGAGAACGGGAGUUUGAGGAACGCGCUCACAAGGCGAUGGAUGCCUUAUGGAAAAUGAGACACCGCGGUUCUGAUCUCAUGGGAACAGUACUAAACGUGCAUUCAGGCGAUUGGGUACGAAGGGAUUCGGGCGUAGGGGCAGGAAUAGACUCCUAUUAUGAAUACUGCUUGAAGGCGUACAUUCUGUUAGGUGACAAUAAGUACCUGAACAGAUUCAACCGUCACUACAACGCGGUCAUGAAGUAUAUCUCUCAGGGACCUUUGCUGUUGGAUGUUCACAUGCAUCGACCUCAUACGAACUCCCGCAAUUACAUGGAUGCCUUGCUGGCUUUUUGGCCAGGUCUGCAAGUUCUCAAAGGUGACCUGAAACCAGCUGUCGAAACGCACGAAAUGCUUUACCAAGUCAUGCAACGCCACAAGUUCAUCCCGGAGGCGUUCACCACCGAUUUUCAAGUACAUUGGGGCAACCACCCGCUAAGGCCCGAGUUCUUGGAGUCCACCUAUUUCUUAUACACGGCUACGGGAGAUCCUUACUAUCUAGAGGUCGGGAAAAAUGUGUUGAAAAGCUUACAGAAAUACGCCAGAGUGCCUUGUGGUUACGCCGCUGUGAACGACGUAACAACUGGAAAACAAGAAGACAGGAUGGACUCGUUUGUACUAGCAGAGACGUUGAAAUAUCUGUUUCUCUUAUUCGCUGACAAGGAUGAAAUAGUUUUGAAUUUGGACGAGUUCAUUUUUACUACAGAAGGACACUUACUUCCCUUGAGCCUCUCUGGUCAUACAGCAAAUGGUAAGUAUUUGAAUGUUAGCUUAUCUGCAACGUAUAUGUUUUUAUUUUUUGUGUUCAAUUUUUUAUAGUUUCCAAAAAUCACGAAACGGAAAUUCACGACGAGAUGUCCAUGAGCUGUCCGAACACUCUCAGCCUGUUUCCAGAGUCUUUCAGGAAACC